AUGCCUAAAGACACUAAAGAAGAAACUGGGCAGACAAAGACACUAACACCCAUCUCCGCCACAAUGUCACAAAUAGAUUUAAAUAUUUUAAUUAAAUUCAUUAACAAAUACGACGGAAGUAGAGAAAAAUUAAAUGCAUUCCUUAACAAUUGCCGGAAUGCAAUCAACUUAGCUUCUUCAUCUCAGGAGGAUAUACUGCUCAAAUAUAUCCUGAGCCAACUCGAAGGCCGAGCAGAGAGUGCUUGCUCAAUUAAAGAAUUUGAAAACUGGGAACAACUUGAAAACUUUUUAAAAUCCCAAUACGGUGAACGCAAGCACUACGCUGCCCUGCUUUCUGAAUUGCAAGAUUGCAGACAGUUAUCCAAUGAAACGGCCAACCAGUUUGCAUUACGAAUUGAGUCAUGCCUGUCAAAACUAUUGACAGAAAUUAAUAUUUCCAUUCCCACUAAGAAAAAAGGUGAACUGGCCGGUCGUGUCGCCGCUAUGCAAGACCUCGCUUUACACACGUUCAUUAUCGGUCUUAAUCCUCAACUUUCAACAGUUGUUAGAUGCCGCGAUCCAGAAACAUUGAAUGACGCUAUUAACUUCGCGGUUUCCGAAGAAAAAAUUCUUUUAGCCACGACGCGCCGUAACGCUAAUUCAUUUCAAAACUAUGCGCGUCCUCGUCCACAACAAAAUAAUAGGCCAUUCCCGCGACAGCCUAAUCGUCCGUCAGAUUAUCAACCAAAACCUUCAUUCGGGUCGAAUCCUAUUUCUGUGUGCCGAUAUUGUAAAAUCCCGGGACACAACAUUGAAACUUGUCGCAAACGCGAAUAUAAUAAUAGGCGGUUUUCUCAAUUCAAUCAACCUGCUCGCGAAAAUCCUAAUACGUCUUUCCAGGGACGUCAGCCUAUUAAUAACAUAAAUUCUCAUGAUGAUGAUGGUGUCGACGAAACUGACAACAAUGAUUUAAACUAA